AUGAACAACCAAUCCUAAGAAGAACAACAUUUUAUAAACCCCAAAUAUGAUGAAUAAAUAUAUAUGGAUGAUGAAUCGGAAUAUAUGGAACCCCAACUAGAGUUAUUUUUGGAAUCAACACCAGCAGAUUAUAACUUAAAAGGAAUCUCUUAAUAAGAAACUAAAAAGAUAGGAAUUACAAAAGAAUUUCAAAAGAAAAGAGACAUCUAAAAGGGAAUACAAUCUGCAUCAAAGAAAAUCAACAAAAGUACAAAAAAAUUGAACAAGAAUACACCAAAAAUAGAAGAAACCCAAGAAAACCAAAAUUCAAUUGAAAACUACGUACAAAAGUAAUAUUUGAACAUGAGUGUUAAAAUUUUUAGUGAAUUAGAUGAAGAAUUAAGAGGUGAAUUUACUAGCAUAACUGAGGAAAAAGAUUAAAAAUGGCCUACUUUGAUUUGUUGUAAUUAAAUCAUUUUUGGGUAAUGUUAUGAAAGCUUAGAUCCAAAACCCACAAUUGUAUAUUUAAAAAAAUUGAAAUAUAAUGCUGAAUCUGUUAAUUUUAAGUUUAGAAUAAAGUAAUUUAGAGAAAUUUGCCUUGCUGCAAAAGUAGACUAUUAGGCAACAUAACAGUUCAAGGAUAAAGAUUAAAAAGAUAAUUAUGAGAGGAACCUUUAAACCAUAGAGUCUAAACUUUAAGAGCCCAAAAAUUAAGAAGAGAAAGAACUUAAAGAUUAUAUUUCAGCAUUUAGGGAAUUCAUUUUGACUGUUAUUGCUUUGAAAGAAAAUAAGCAUAUCAAAAGAAAGAUAACUUUAAACUAAGAUGACUUUAUAAAUUUAGCUAAAAAUCGAAAUAUGAGUAAAAGACUAGAAUAGGUUUUUAAUAUGAUUGAAAACCCUUAAUCAAAUUUCAAAACUAUUUUCUAAGAAAUUUAACCAAAUGAAAAAAAUUAAUACAAAGAUUUAAACAACAAAAUGUAAUAUUAUGAAUAGUAUAUCAAAAAAUUUCGAAAGAAAAUAACAGAAAAACGAAACACCGAUAAGAAUGAUAUUGAAUAAUUUCAAUAAUAAGUGGAAACUCUAGAAUAGAGUGAAGAGGAUGAAAAGUUUUUUGAUUAUUCUCCUCCUAGAGAAAAUUUUGAGGAGUGA